CGGAGUGAGCAACCAGAAACCGGUGAGCGGCCGAGCAGAACAAAUCCAACACUGGCCAUGUCGCCAACACGCACACCCGAACCACCCCCCCAAGACGUCUGAACUACUCCGGCCGGCGGGGUCAGCUUGGACGGACCAACCGAACCCCACUCGUCGUCUCCCCGUCGCGCCGCUGCAGCUGCUCCUGCUCCUGCUCCUGCUCCUGCUGCUUCUUUAAUUUCGCUCUGUUUCCCUGCAUCCUUUGGUCCACUCCGAUCCAAAACCCAGCAGCAGAUCGAUCACAUCGAGCAAGCAAGAAGCUACCAUCUGCACGCGCGUCAUGCAGCAGCAGCAGCUGGUCCUCCUCCUCCUGCUCGUCGCCGCGGUGGUGGCGACGGAGGCGGCGAUGCCGAUAUCGAUGGAGCACUACUUCUCGCCGGGGGAGCUCGCCCGUAUUGCCGGGUACGGCGAGGAGCCGGUGUCGACGGUGGUCGUGUCCGGGCAGGUCGCCUGCGAGUUCUGCGUCCGCCCCGGCUCCGACCUCCUCACCUUCGAGCUUCCAGGUGCUAAGAUAGCAGUGGCCUGCCAAACUGAAGGCCCCAUACGAAGGGCGAACUCUGCAUUUGGAGCAACAGAUGAGCUCGGCAACUUCACCAUACACCUCCCCUCACGGCUUCACGCCACGCCAAGACUGGAGAACGCCUGCGUCGUCAGGGUGCUCCGGCUCCCGCCGGACUCCGCGUGCGGCCUUCGUCACCGCGCCGCCGCCUCCUACCGCCUCCGGCAGUCGCCGGCGACGGCCGACGGCGUCCGAGCCUACACGGCCGGGGUGAUACGGCUGCAGCACGGCGACACGCCGUCCGGCGAGUGCGUGCAGGGAGAGGGCAUGGGGGGGGCGUGUAGCAUGUGAUCGAGAGAGUGGCUGAUGGAAAAAUCGCGCUUCUGGCAAGAAACCCGGCAAAUUCGCCGAUGGAUCGAUCACAUUUUAGUUAGAGAUAGUCGCGUUUUGAUUCCAAUUUGAGAAAUGAUAUAUGGAGAGCGGGGUGAUUAGGUGACGUGCAUAGUAUUGAUCAACCAUGUAUAUGUAAAAAAUGCUCCAAAUUAAGUACAUUUUAGGAGUUAGUUCGACCUUUUUUUUUGCAGGAUGAUGAGUCAUUUAAUCGGGAAUACUUACUUUUUUUAUAAAUACAAAAAUAUAGUUCCAGACAAAAUUGAUCACUCUUAGUUUGUCCAUAGGAAAAAGUUCACCAGAGAUCCCUAAAUUUAAAUGCGAGUUUGUUUUUGUCCCUUUGUAGAAAUU